AUGUCUGGCGCAGGUCCCUCUCUACACCCCGGCGACUGGCCGUCGAGGGCUGUUCUUCAAUUCCCUCCCGAUGCCGCUCCCUCUCCCAUUCCUCCCCCAUGGACUGGCGAGUCGACCUUCCAGAACCCUUUCCCCAUCCCCGAAGACAUCUACCAGGGCGCUUUGUCCUACAAGGUCCCGCUGACCAUUGCCUCAAUCUACUUUGUCACCGUCACCUACGUCAACUGGUACAACCGCCAACACGGUAACAAGCCGUGGAGGAUUGCCAAAACCCGCCCAUUCUACGCCUUUGUCAUCUUCCACAAUGUCUUCUUGGCUGUCUACUCGGCCGUUACCUGCGUGGCCAUGAUCCGCUGCCUCAAGCACUCUUUCCCUCACUACAGCGAGCCCAACGCCGUUGUCGGCACCAUCGACGCCCUCUGCAAGAUCCACGGUCCCCGAGGACUGGGCGACGCCGUCACCUACAACAACACCAAUGACGCCUGGAGCAGCUUGAACUCCAACGUCCUCGUCGGCCCCACCGGCUUGCCAGACCAGACGGAUGUUGGCAGAAUCUGGAACGAGGGCCUCGCUUUCUGGGGCUGGUGGUUCUACCUCUCCAAGUUCUACGAGGUCCUUGACACGGCUAUUAUUCUGGCCAAGGGCAAGCGCAGCACCACCCUCCAGAAGUACCAUCACGCCGGUGCCAUGUUGUCCAUGUGGGCUGGUAUGCGCUUCAUGUCACCUCCUAUCUGGAUGUUUGCUACGGUCAACUCUGGCAUUCACGCCAUGAUGUACACCUACUACACCGUCUCAGCUCUCGGCUACCGCGUCCCCAACAUCGUCAAGCGAACCCUUACCACGCUCCAAAUCACCCAGUUCCUCGUCGGAUCCGCCUUCGCCGCCAUCCACCUCUUCAUCUCCUACACCGUCCCCGUUUCGGUCGCAUACAAGGUUGCUGAGAAGGUUGCUCCCAAGGUCGUCUCGUCUUCCGUCUCAUCCGCAGUUUCUUCUGCCACUGAGUCGGUUGCCGAAGCCCUCCCCACCGCGACUGGUGUUGCUGUAGCCUUCCUCAGGAAGCUCAUCUACCGCGCCGCUGGCGAUGAAGGUCUCGCAGAGAACAUUCCCGUUCCUGGCCAGCCUAUCCCGGUUCGCCAGCAGCAGCAGCAAGUUAUCGCUGGAGAGCCCGCCCCUACCCACAACGCGGUCCACGACUUCUUCCACCCUCAUGAGACCGUCGAGAAGACUUUCUACCGGACCGAGUACCAAACUGUUCCCUGCGUAGACACUUCAGGCCAAGCUUUCGCCAUCUACGUCAACCUAAUCUACCUCGCACCGCUCACCAUCCUCUUCAUGCGCUUCUUCUUCAAGUCCUACCUCCGUCGCUCCUCGCCCAACGCGAAGAAGGGCUUCAAGCCCCGCACAAUCUCCGACGCAGCCGGUGACGCCAGCCGCAGCGUAGAGCGCGAACUCGACUCCCUUGACAAGUCCGCCGAAGACGCCAUUUCCUCGGGUGUGAACAGGGCUAGAGACGCUGUUCGCGGAAGGAAGCCCACCAACGGCCACAUCAAAGACGAGCGAAAAGGCAGCAUGAGCCCAGCCAACCAAAAGUUCCUCGAGAGCGUCAACCGUCGCGUCAGCCAGAAGCUCCAGGAACUCGACGAGGGUGCCGAUGCUACGAGCAAGAAGGCCAGGCAAAUCGCCAAGGACCUCGUUGGUAAGGCCGAGGCCGCGGGCGACAAGGUCGAGCAGGCUUAUGAGGAUAACGAGGAGGAUGUCAAGGAAGAAGCUGAGAAGGCGAAGGAGAACGCCGAUCGGAAUCGCAGUCCCAGCAAGCUGCCUCGCAAGCAGAACAAGAAGAGCGGGAAGAACGGUCAGACCGAUGAACAGGUAGCUAAGCCUGAGAAGGAGCCUGAGCCAAAGGACCUCAAGAACACGCUUGGUGACAAGGAUGGCAAGGGUCUUUUCUAG